CUCUUUAACUGUGGGUGUUGUGCUUGUGUCUGCAGUUUGCAGAAGAAAACGAUGAGAUCCACAGACACCUGUGAGUACUGAAACUCAGUUAUCAAGAACGUAUUAAAUGAUUAUAAAUGUUUGUGUCCUAAACUCACCGCAGAAAUAUUUAUAAGAGAUUUAGUUUAAAGCUCUGGAAAAGACAUUCUACUCACAUGUUUAAGAUCUAAAACCAUGAGAAGACAGUCACGUUCAGAACAGUCGAGGUUAAUCUGAUAAUUUGAUAAUCUAAAUGUGUGUAUUUCAUGUUUUACGAUGAUUUACUUGGAUGGUCACGGUUCAGCUUUGAUCUUAAUGAAUGAAAUGUAUUUUCAAGUAGAAGGAAAUGAUGCAUAAAAACCUUUGUGAUGUCAGCUUUUUGUCUUCUAACCUUAGUGGACUCUGGAUUCGAACUGGAGCAUACCACAGCAGAAAGAGAUCAGGAGGACGUGAUGGAGUCUCCAACAAGCUUCAUGCCUGCAGUUCAAACAGAGUCUGCACGAAUCUGUUACAGUUUCAGGUGUCCUAGUCCAGGUGUGUUCCUGUGUACUCUGACUGGAGUCAUGUUUAAUAUAAGUCAGGAAGCAGAGCUGCUGUACAGGAUUGUCCAAUGGGAUGAGGACCUCCUCCAGCCAGCCAAUAAAAAGGCUGCAAGCCCGCUUUUCAAUAUUAAGAGUUCAAAGGAUGCAAUCCGUCAGCUUCACCUCCCACACUGUGAACCACAGGAAGCUCUGCUUUCCAACUGUCUGUCUGUAGUCCACAUCUCUGCUGGUAAAAUGAAGGUCCUCAAGCCUCGAAAGAUCACAGACACUCACGUGAUCGUGGAAGUUACUCACCUCUCUUCCUUUGGCCUCGUCUGGAACAUAAAGAGGUUUUGGAACAAGGAGAAACCGGUUUCCGGUCAGGUUUUGCUGUUCCUUGAACCAAUAAACUUUAGAACACAGAGACAAAACCUCAAUGUGCUUCUCCUGACAAGCAACAUCCCAGUGGAAGAGGUCAGGGUGAAAUACAGAGAUGCUAACUUCAUCCAAGCGCCUUCCAAAUGUAAACUCAUCAAAGAUCACAGAUACACUGUUCUCUGUCCAGUUGCCUAUAAAGUCCAGCCUCCAGAAGAAGAUUUUGACCUGGAUUUUGGAACAAACUACCCUCCAACAUUUCAGAUCCGCCUUCCUGCAGACACUGAAGAAGUCACAAUAACAAUCCAAGGCCAAACAAACACAGAUGUCUGGAAAUGCACUAUUGAUCUACCAGAAAGAACACGCAGUCAGUCAACGCCCCAGAUCCUCCCACCAGACAAGCAUCUGUUUGCAGUUCGGAAGCAGUUUGUGGAUCAAGUGUCAGAUUCGACUGUGAACCAGCUGCUGGACAGCCUGCUCCAACAGGGAAUUAUAAAUAAGGAAGAAAUGGAUUCAGCCAGAAUCAAACCCAGAGCUGACCGAGCUCGAGAUGUGAUAGAUGUGGUGCGAAACAAAGGAGAAGAAGCCAGCUCAUCCCUGAUUGAUGGCCUCCGUGAGUUGGAUCCAUACCUUUCUGAAACCCUGCACCUGAGCUAAGAUGAGCUGCGACUGUUCUUUAAUGAAGUUAUUGUAAAGCCGUACUGCUGUCUGCGUUUGGUAAAUUUAAAAUGAAGGCCUAAUUUUCAUUGUUUGUUUCUUGGUUUUGUAUAUUUUUGUCAUCUGUUUUCCUUGUGAGCGUGCUCAGAGCUCUAAUUAUUCAGUUGUCUGUCUCUGAUAUAUUUUUAUGGUUUCUUUUUGUUGUUUUUUCCUGAACCUGAAAUAAAACCACUACCAUCAUCAGUGUGUGACCUCAAACCUCAAUGGCAUCAGAAUGAGAUGCCAUUGAGGCUAAUGAAUGUGAUUGGUUGGUGACCGUCACGUAGGUGUGGACUGUGAGAAGGUGUGUGUGUGAAUGAAGACAGGUGAGCAGCAGCUGUGAUAGUUUGGGCCACACAGACUUUAUUAGAGAUUUCAGGUGUUAGGUGAGUCCAACAGGUGAGACAGGAAGUAGAAAACCCUUCACAUGUUGGAAGACUGAGGUCUAACUGAACGGCUCUAAACGUCCCACAGCAUCAGGACGGUUUCUGGUUGGUUAUAGUGAGGGGAAGGGGUGAUAGGUGAGGAUGAGGGGGUGGGGCUAGAGGUUACAGUGAAACAGGUCACUUCUGUUCAGGCAUCAUGUCAUCGAUGCUCUCUCCGGCCUCCAGCCGCUUCUCCAU